GCAGAGUCGAUGAUGAAUGGCACAAACUAUUACAAGCUGCACAACAAAGUCUGGAAAAACUAGUUCUGGAAGCAAUUCAUCCCAUUAGCUGGAGCCAGCUUGCAGUUGACGUUGUACAAAAAUGCAGCAACCACCUCCAAACAUUGGUGGUCAUCAAUUUAUCGUCGCAAUUGGGAGAUUGUGCUAAUUGGCCGCUGGAUCUGAGCCUUCUUCGACACUGCACUGCCCUACAGUUCUUGUCAUUGUCUCAUCAACCUCGUCAACAGGAGGAUAAGUCCACCUUCCGUGUCGCCCAAAUGUUCGCAUUUUUCUCGCGCUCUAUGGCACACAGUUGAACUCAUUCAAAUCUUUUUUGUGCAACACGUUUUUUGCUCACUCUUCACAAACAGACAAAAGAGCUUUACAGUUUAUUCUAUUAAAAUAAAAAAAAUUUCAAAAAAUAAUAAUUUCAAAAUGGGCGGAGAUUCGUUUGCAAAGUGGGCCGCUAAACAACCUCCCCCCAAAUCAACGAUAUUAUCGUUUUUCAAGCCAAACAACAUUCCCAGUAGCUCAUCAGCGUCAUCUUCGUCAGCCGCUCUCCACGACGGUGACCAAGUCGAUGUUGCCGAUGAUUCCGGGUUUGACAUGAGCACGACGUCGUCGUUAGAUGAUUCCAUCGCAUCUUUAAAUGAUGAACGUUUAAGCAGCGCUCCAUCAUCAUUGACAACUGCUAACGACUCGGAUGAUGAUUACGAAGAUGAAGAUGUUGAUUCUGAUGGCGAGGACAAGGACAUUCAAGAUGUAUCAUAUGACGACGAUGAUUUCGAGAAUCCGCCCCCAGAAAAACUGACGAAGAAAAAUGUGGAACCAACAGCUGGGACUAGUUCUGGGGCCGGAGAGGAGGAAAAACCUCACAUGAAGUUCGGCAAGUUGGCCAAUAAAGAAGGUCUUCAGAUUCCGAGAGAAAAGCUGUUGGAUUUCUACGAACGUUCCAGUUCCACUCUUAUAAGAGAUGACGACCUUCUUCGACAACUUAAAUACGAUGCACGAUACGGUGAAAAACAAGAAAUGUUCUUCGCAAAAACACCCAUUGGCAAAAGGAAUAAGUUUACCGGGUAUUACAUUAAGGAGGGAUCACAGUUUAAAAGUGCGGGGCCUCGGGCGCUGACUACCAUGAAAGAUGGUGUUACAAAUAAUCGCGUCCGAGACGAAGAGGAAAAUCGAGCAAGGAUUCGACAAGCUAAAACCAAAAGGUACAAUGACGCUCCAGAGUUAGAAGUGUUUUAUAUUGGGUGCGCUUCCAACCGCACAGAGGAACAAUUAGUGGAUUACUUCACCUGGCACCCACGCAUGGGACCCAUCCCACUUGGAUCGAGGACAUCCGAGUCUAAAUUGUAUACAGGAGUGCAUAAUGGACAUAUGCAAGGAUUUCUGGGGGUUAGAGACAAUCAUCCCAACGACAAGAACUCAAAAUUCAGGCUGGAGUCCAAGUUGGCAAAACCCAACCCCAAAAGUAUGUGGCAAUUCAUGUACCGCAUGUGCGAGAGUCGGACCACAAGGGAACUCGCAGAGUCAUUUGCUAUGAAACAUUCCAGAGCGUUUAACAAGAGAUAUGGAGUUGAGGAACACAUUAUCACCCCAGUUCGCAAACUAGGAUCGGUGUCGUUGGAGGCGAAAGCGGUUAAAUAUGCUAACGACGGGAUUCCACUCAUCACCUUCGACCCCGACUGGGAUCGAUCCCUUGAGAAUAAAUAUUGGACUCUGGACGAGCUCACGGACCUCCCCCUCAAGAUCGGCCGGAACGAGCUCGUCAAGAUUUGGGAUUCCAAUAGACCCAAAGAUAGGGCACACGUUUUUCCUCGCCUUUCCAACACUCAGGAUCUGUUGGAUAAAUUUCCAAAUCCCCCCCUGUCAUUUUUUGAUGGAAAGAUUGACCAUUACGACGAAUACUUGGCUAUUAUUGAAUCUCGCAAAUAAUAUUAUUUACAUGUUGGACUUGUGGAAGCCUACCUCCAAACCUACGUCAGCUUUCUCUAGCACAUUUUUGCCUCAGGUUAGCCUAAUCUUGGGCCGCAUCAAGAGUUGACCAUUUUGUUAAAACAACAACACCUGGAAACUCUGAAACUCAGCUAUUGGACAGACGGUGAGCGUCGCCUCGUCCCCUUUUUGUGCAGCAUCAACUUUAUCAUGGACAUGGGAUUGAGCCCGUUGAAAACCAUCCGCCUCGUAGAAUCCAAGUCGGUGAUGGCAAGCGUGAACAAGGAAUUGCAUAGAAUGAAGGCUAAUCAUUACUCUAUUUCUACUGCCCACCGAGAAAAUUCGGAGACGAUGAUUACAGUGGAAAAAGUUUCCAAUAAUUUCAAUUGAUUUCUGAUGCAUAAAUAUCAGUGAGAACCAAAGUUUUAUAAUUAUACACAUCAAUAAAUGUGCAUGUAUACAUUUUGUCCCGUAUUUAAGCCCCCUAUAUAAAUAAAAGGCGAGAGUUUGUAUAAACCUUA